GUCCUCGUACAUUCCACGUGGAUUUUGGUACCAGUGCGCAUCGUCCAUCCCGCUCAUUCUAGGCCACUUCCAGCUCACCACCACCGGCGGACGUUAGAAAGGGUCACACGACUCACACCCACCGCACCACACCACACCACACCAAACGUGUCCUCUCUAUUUCUCUUUCUAGUUUCUCUCUUUAGGUUCUCUCUCAAUCCACCGAUCAUACCUGUUCCAGUUCCUUAACCAAAACACUUUCCCGGGAAACAAUCACUGGCUCGUGAAUCUGGGAUUGGAAUUGGAGAUCGGUGACGGAGAGUCUCCUUUUUCCUGAAAUAGUUCGAUGGAGUCGACUGCUCAGCGUCGCCUGAAAGCAAUUCAAGGACAUCUUGUUCCGAUCACGCACGUUCUCGACUCGCAUGUUCAAACCAGCACUACCGCCUCCGAGUUUUUUCAUAGUCAGGGAUACAGUGUCGUGCUUCCAGAAAAAUUAAACACAGGAAAAUGGAAUGUGUACAGAUCUGUGCGCUCUCCUUUGAAGCUUAUAAGUAGAUUACCUGAGCAUCCCGAAAUUGGCACAUUACAUGAUAACUUUAUGCAUGCUAUUGAAGCUUUCAAAGAUUACAACUACUUGGGUACUAGAGUGAGGGGAGAUGGAACAGUUGGAGAGUACAAAUGGAUGACAUAUGGAGAAGCAGGCACUGUCCGGUUGGCAAUAGGUUCUGGUCUUCGUCAUCAUGGGUUAUUAGAAGGGGCUUGCAUUGGACUUUAUUUUAUUAACAGACCCGAGUGGCUGAUUGUUGACCAUGCCUGCUCAGCUUAUUCAUAUAUCUCAGUUCCUUUAUAUGACACCCUUGGUCCUGAUGCUGUUAAAUAUAUUGUGAAUCAUGCUGAUGUACAAGCUAUUUUCUGUUUGCCACACACAUUGAACACUCUAUUGAGCUUCUUAUCUGAGAUUCCAUCUGUACGUCUUGUAGUGGUUGUGGGAGGGAUUGAUGAACAUGUGCCCUCCCUUCCAUCAAAUUCUCAGGUUAAGCUUAUUUCAUUUGCAAAACUUCUUAGUCAGGGCCACAGUGAUCUUCAGCCAUUUUGUCCUCCCAAGCCUGAAGACAUUGCAACCAUAUGCUACACGAGUGGUACUACAGGGACGCCAAAGGGAGUUAUACUGACACAUGGAAACUUAAUUGCAACUAUUGCUGGUGCUAGCCUUACCCUUAAAUUCUGCCCCUCGGACAUUUACAUAUCAUAUCUUCCUUUGGCACAUAUCUAUGAACGAGCAAAUCAAGUUUUGCUGGCAUACUAUGGUGGUGCUGUUGGCUUCUACCAAGGGGACAAUUUAAAAUUAAUGGAUGAUUUAGCUGCUUUGAGACCAACAAUAUUUUGUAGUGUUCCUCGAUUAUACAACAGGAUAUAUUCUGGGAUCAUGAAUGCUGUACAAACUUCUGGGGUUCUAAGGAAGACGCUAUUUAAUGCUGCCUAUAAUUCCAAAAAGCAAGUCAUAAUAAGUGGUGACAAUGGGCUAAAAAGAAAGAGGGAGCCCUCCUUCAUAACUAUAAAAUCUCAACAUGAUGAAGGCCGAAACCCAUCACCCAUGUGGGACAGAUUGGUAUUCAGCAAAAUAAAGGGAAUGCUUGGAGGAAGAGUCCAUUUUAUGGGUUCAGGUGCUUCACCUUUGUCUCCUGAUGUCAUGGACUUUCUGAGAGUAUGCUUUGGUUGCCAAGUAAUUGAAGGCUAUGGAAUGACCGAGACCUCUUGUCUCAUAAGCUGUAUGGAUAAGGGUGACAACUUAUCUGGUCAUGUUGGAUCUCCUAAUCCUGCUUGUGAAAUAAAGCUUGUGGAUGUUCCUGAAAUGAAUUACACCUCUGAGGAUCAGCCCUAUCCUCGCGGUGAAAUAUGUGUCAGGGGUCCCGUUCUCUUCCAAGGCUACUACAAAGAUGAAGUCCAGACUUACUUUGACAGGAAGGAAGUAAUUGAUGGAGAUGGUUGGCUGCAUACAGGAGACAUUGGGUUAUGGUUGCCUGGAGGUCGCCUUAAGAUUAUUGAUAGGAAAAAGAACAUCUUCAAGCUGGCACAGGGUGAAUAUAUAGCACCAGAGAAAAUUGAGAAUGUAUAUGCCAAGUGCAAAUUUGUUUCCCAAUGUUUUAUCUAUGGUGAUAGCUUGAACUCCUGUUUAGUAGCCAUAGUCUCAGUUGACCCAGAUGUGUUGAAAGAUUGGGCCACAUCUGAAGCCAUCAAGUAUGAAAAUCUAGGCCAUCUAUGCAAUGAUCCAAGAGCAAGGGCAGCUGUUCUCACAGAAAUGGAUGCAAUAGGAAGGGAAGCUUAGUUGAGAGGUUUUGAAUUUGCAAAAUCUGUAACUUUGGUGGUUGAACCAUUCACCAUGGAGAAUGACCUCCUGACCCCAACAUUCAAGAUCAAGAGGCCCCAGGCAAAGGCUUACUUCUCUGCUGCAAUAUCAAACAUGUAUGCAGAAAUUUCUACAUCCGACACAAAUCCACAGAAAAUGUUAUGAUGAUCUUGAUUCAGGAAGGGGGAAAGAAAGCCGAGCACAUGCAAGGUAACCUCUAAUGGUGAUUCCACUUCCUUACGUGCAGGGAUUUCUAGGUAGGCAAGAACUGAAGGGGGCCGACUCUAGCUACCCAGAAGAACCCAUUUCAAUAAGACCAGCUCCACAAACAGAAGAUGAAGUUGAAUCUGUCUCUCUCCUCCACCAUCCAACAUAUUUGACAAGUCUGUAAAAAGAAUUCCUACUAGUGGAGAAUGGAAAAGCUAGAAGAAGGAUUUCUCCAGUUUCCAAAACAAAUAAUUAUGAAUAUUGGAAUAAUUUUAACCUACCCCCCAUGGUUUCUCAUACAAUUUUCAUAUCACAUAAUUCCUGCAAUGGAGUGUUCUGCAGAGACUUGAUUGCCA